CUUCGAAUUGGGAAUAACAGUUUUGUUGCUGGACAUCCCAUGCUGUCUUGAUGCAUCACAAAUGAUAAUAGUGCUGAUCCUCAAAGCACUAGUUAGCAAAGGCUUGUGUUAUUAUCGCCACUGUGAAGCCGUAUGGCGGGCAGCACUCAACACAUCAGCAGCGUGUCCAUCGACAACCACUCCCAGGCUGCAGUGGGUACCUUCCAAGCACCAGUGUAUAUAGGGAACAAAGAAAAUCUGAACGAUGCGCUCAAUUCCCUCCCUAUUGCUAAGGACGCGGCGUUCGACACCUAUUACCGACAUGAGCCGACCUGCCUUCCCAAUACCCGCGUCGAUCUCCUCAAAGAUAUAUACAACUGGGCAGAUGGAGACAAUUCGCCGACCAUCUUCUGGCUGAGCGGUUUGGCCGGCACCGGCAAGUCCACAAUCGCGCGAACGCUGGCUGCUAAGUACUUGGACACCGGCGGUAUUGCAGCUAGCUUCUUCUUCUCAAGAAAUGGUGGAGAAGGUGGAUAUUUACGUCAUGGUGAAAGAUUCGUUACAAGCAUUGCAGUGCAGCUGGCCAGCAAUGUACCGCCUGCAAAACAGGCCAUAUGCGGUGCUAUUUUUGCGCAGAGUAACAUCGCCAGCCGGGCUCUCCGCGAACAAUGGCGGCAUCUCAUUCAUAGGCCACUAUCGGAGCUACCAGACAGAAACUGCCAGUCUCGAUAUAUCCUUGUCGUUGACGCGCUUGAUGAGUGCGAGAACGAGAACGACAUCCAGACCAUUUUACAACUAUUAGCGGAGACUCGGUCCUUAGAGACGGUCCAGCUUCGAGUGUUCCUAACCAGCCGGCGUGAGAUUCCGAUCCGGAACAGCUUCGUCCAGAUCCCCGAUGAUGUGUACCAGGAUGCUAUCCUCCACGAAAUAUCGUCGUCGAUUGUCGAUCAUGAUAUCCGAAUUUUCUUGCGGCACGAGCUCGAACAAAUUGCUCGUACGCACGGUCUCCCUGUUAGUUGGCCUGGCGACCAAGUCGUUGAUCAACUAGUUGGCAGUUCAUGUGGGCUAUUCAUCUGGGCGGCAACUACAUGUCUCUUUAUCAACGAAGCCAGAAUGUAUGCUCCAGAUCGCCUAUCUAUAAUCCUCAAGGCCGACUCUGCGGAUGACUCGGCAGACGGGUUGUCUUCAGAUAGCUCCACGACAGAUGAUAAGAAUGACGAUCCCGUAAUGGCUCCACAACAGCACCUAGACAAACUCUACAUCACAGUUCUCCGGAGUUCUGUCCAGAAAUACAAGAAGCCGGAAAGAAAGAAAUGUCGCAAGCUACUAGGAACAACCAUGGAGACCAUUGCUGUCCUAUCUUCACCUCUAUCUACCCACUCAUUAAGCAAACUGCUUGACACUACGCAAGAAGGAAUACACCAAAUACUGAACGAUCUUCAUUCGAUCGUGGACGUUCCAAAGAAUUCGACUCAUCCACUGCGUUUACAUCAUCCAUCAUUCCGCGACUUCAUCCUUAACCCAAAGCGAUGUGAGGAUUUAAAGUUUAGAAUUGACAAUAAGCAAGUGCAUCGGACCCUUGCCAUGCAAUGCAUACAGCUUAUGUCCAAAACUUUUAAACAGGACGACAUAUGCUGUAUAGGCCAUCCAGGUACGCUUAUAACCCAAGUUAAACACAGCCAAAUAGAACAACAUCUUCCUCCUGAGAUUCAAUAUGCUUGCCUCCACUGGAUCCAACAUCUCCAGAGGGGUGGGUCACAGCUUAAAGACACCGACCAAGUACAUACGUUUUUGCAGAAGAAUCUCCUUCGUUGGCUUGAGGCUCUCGGAUGGAUGAAGAAUGUUUCUAAGGGGAUUCAUGCCAUUGUUUCUUUGGAGUCUAUGGCAGCGUCGCAUAAAUGUCUACGACUAUUCGAGUUUGUUCAUGAUAUAAAGCGAUUCGUUUUAUAUAACCGGUCAGCGAUCGAGCAAGCUCCUCUCCAGACAUAUUGUUCUGCACUUAUAUUUGCGCCAGAGGCGAGUAUUGUACGGAUACAGUUUAAGGGCAGCAUGCCCCAAUGGAUGCGAAGAUUACCAAAGGUAGAUUAUGAUUGGAAUGCGUUGCUGCAGACGCUCGAGGGCCAUUCGGCGGGGGUCCACGCCGUGGCCUUCUCGCCGGACGGCAAGACGCUGGCGUCGGCAUCGAACGACAAGACGGUCAAACUGUGGAACGCCGUGUCGGGCGCACUGCUGCAGACGCUCGAGGGCCAUUCGACCGGGGCGAUGGCCAUGGCUUUCUCACCGGACGGCAAGACGCUGGCGUCGGCAUCGUGGAACGGGAUGGUCAAGCUGUGGGACGCCAGGUCGGGCGCUCUGCAGCAGACGCUCGAAAGCCACUCGAGCGGAGUCAUGGCCAUAGCCUUCUCGCAAGACGGCAAGACGCUGGCGUCGGCAUACGGGGACGGGAUGGCCAAGCUAUGGGACGCCGAGUCGGGUGUGCUGCAGCAGACGCUCGAGCGCUAUUCAAUCCCAGACAUAGCUCUGGUCUUCUCAUGGGACAGUAAGACGCUAGCGUCAGCAUCAUGGGACGGGACGGUUAAGCUAUGGGACGCCAGGUCAGGCGCGUUGCUGCAGACGCUCGAGGACCAUUCGAGCCAGGUUAAUACCGUGGCCUUCUCGCGAGACGGCAAGACGCUGGCGUCGGCAUAUGGGGACGGGACGAUCAAGCUGUGGGACGCCGGGUUGGGUACGCUGCAGCAGACGAUCGAGGGCCAUUCGAGCGGAGUCCCGGCUAUAGACUUCUCGCGGAACGGCAAGACGCUGGCGUCGGCAUCGGCGGAUAUGACUAUCAAGCUGUGGGACGCCAGGUCGGGGGCGCUGCAGCAGACGCUCGAGGGCCAUUCAAGCCUGGUCAUGGCCGUGACCUUCUCACGGGACAGUAAGACGCUGGCGUCGGCAUCGGUGGAUAGGACGAUCAAGCUAUGGGACACUGGGUCAGGCACACUGCAGCAGACGCUCAAGCGCCAUUCGAGCCCGGUUAAUACCGUGGCCUUCUCGCGAGACGGCAAGACGCUGGUGUCGGCAUACGGGAACGGGACGAUCAAGCUGUGGGACGCCGGGUCGGGCGUCGUGCAGCAGACGCUCGAGUGCUAUUCGAGCCCGGUUAAUACCGUGGCCUUCUCGCGGGACGGCAAGAUGCUGGCGUCGGCAUACGGGAACGGGACGAUCAAGCUGUGGGACGCCGGGUCGGGCGCCGUGCAGCAGACGCUCGAGUGCUAUUCGAGCCCGGUUAAUACCGUGGCCUUCUCGCGAGACGGCAAGACGCUGGUGUCGGCAUACGGGAACGGGACGAUCAAGCUAUGGGACGCCGGGUCAGGCGCGCUGCAGCAGACGCUCCAGGGCCAUUCGAGCGUAGUUAAGGUUAUAGCCUUCUCGCCGGACGGCAAGACGCUGGCAUCGGCAUCGAACGACAAGACGGUCAAACUGUGGAACACCGGGUCGGGCGUGCUGCUGCAGACGCUCGAGGGCCAUUCGUUCGGGGUCGUGGCCGUGGCUUUCUCACCGGACGGCAAGACGCUGGCGUCGGCACCGUGGGACAAGACGAUCAAGCUAUGGGACGUUGGAUCGGGCGUGCUACAAUUGAUACUCGAGGGCCAUUCCCACCGGGUUAACGCCGUGGUCUUCUCGCGGGACAGCAAGACGCUGGCGUCUGCAUCGGCCGACAGGACGGUUAAACUGUGGGACGUCGGAUCGGGCGCAGUGCUACAGACACACGAUGUUGGGAAUAUCUGCUACGAUCUCUCUUUCUCCGAUAACGGCACUUCUAUCCAGACGGACCGUGGAUCCUGGCCUAUUUUAUCGCCUUUCUCUGAUGGUACAGGUGUGACCAGUCCACAAUAUCUAUUUUCUAUCUUUGUUCAUGACCAAUGGGUAAGUAGCCAUACCGAGCGGAUCCUUUGGCUUCCUUCCGAGUAUCGGCCAAGCGCGAUUGCUGUUUAUGAGGGUAUUGUUGCUUUCGGUUAUAUAUCUGGAAGAGUUAUAACCAUGGAACUUGCUUUGUAGUGUUCACCCAAGUUUUCUUGACCUCCUACCUACCUACCUCCUUUGUAAAUAGUGUCUGUACCGCGUGAAUAGCACGAGUAUCAACAGCCAGGGAGUAAUAUUUGAUUAGGAACCCAAAGGCUUUGAAUGUCAGCAAUGAUGAUUUUGAGUUGCUUGAUUUGAGGGCUGAGUCUGUGGGAGGUGCUUACGAAGAAGUACAUUGGUCGAUUCUGUGAGCCAACUGUCCGAAGAGCAUCUUGAUUCUUUACAAAACACGCGCUAGCCAGAGUAUCCAAAUGGCUGGUGAGAUUUUACAUUCCG